AUGAACUUAUCCCUACGAGUUCUAAAACUAACACUUGCCUGUGCUCUAGGCAUCGUAACCAUCAUCAUUAUCAACAAUAGGUACAGCUCAAGAAAUGUUGUCAUUCAGACCAACGCAUUAACAGGCGAACAAACGUCACAAACAAAAUGUGGCGAACAUGACGAUGACUUUCGAUUUUCUGGAUUGGAGACCGUCAAACCUUUGACAGAAAAAGUCCCCAUGAAAUUUCGAAGCAAGGAAGCGUCAUGUUCACAAAAGAAUUUUUUGAAACUAAACGAUCAGCUAACUUUUGAAGAAACAAGACGAAAAAUGGAGUGCGCAAGAAACUGGGUCAAGGACCACAAACAGGGAAGUGAUGCGUUCUGGAUGGGGAAUACUCAGUAUAUUCGUCACUCACAUCACACGUACUUAAAUAAGGAUAGCACGGUUUUCGAUAUUGGCGGAAAUAAAGGCGAAGAUGCAGAGGCCAUGAUAAAAAGAUAUAAUCCCGGAACUUACGUCAUACUGGAGCCAAUCAAAACUCUGUUUUCAAAGCUGGUCAGAAUGUUUGAAAGCAACAAAAAAGUCACAUUAUAUAACUUUGGUCUGGCCAGAAAAGAUGAAAAGUUCUACGUAAAUGUCUUAGGCCAUGGAGGAGAUGCUACGUCCAUUUUUUCUGGAAAUGAUAAUGGCGGAAGUUGUUUGCUACGAGUCGUAAACACAACCCAGUUUCUUUUACAGGUGGGUAUUUCUUGUUACGAAGUGGACUUGAUAACCAUAAAUUGUGAAGGUUGUGAAUUUGAAAUAAUGGAAGAAAUUCUAGCAAGUGGAAUGAUCGGUCAGUUUAGACAUAUUCAAUUUGCUACGCAUCCUACAUUGAAACAUCUGAAAAAUCCUGCAGAAAGAUAUUGUGAAAUUCAAGAAAAACUUAAGAGGACCCAUAAAGCUUCAUAUCAGUAUAAAUGGUGUUGGGAAAGUUGGACACGGAAGGAUCUUCUUUAGAUGUAUUUGA